CCGCCCACUUUGACUGAUUGCAGCUGAGGAACUAAGCUUUAGUCCGAGAGCAGACACAACGAGGACCACUUCCUCCUUGAAGUGGGGCCUAGUAGCACCUAGUAGCAAUCAGGACCUGGCCCAGUUCCGGGAGUUCUCCCAGGAAACUAUUUGCCACUGAUAAUAACGUGAUAUAGAUAUCAGAGAAAUUUAUUCCUGAGUUUUAAAGAAGAGAGAAGACAGAGAGAAGAGAGAGAAGUCUUGAAAAUAUUAGUUGUGGACAUACCUAGAAAAAGAAAAGCACAUCUAAAGUUUCGGGCUCAAGUGUGACAUCCUGUCUGAUGUAAAGCCUGCCGAGGCACACCGCAGCUUAGUCCUCUGUGAGGUUCAAGUAGCAACUAUCCGAGAAAAGAAAGUGUAAUUUCAAAUGCAACAAGCUGAGAAAGUAAUAUUUCGAUUCGACAUGCAGCUUUGUUUGAGACUCAAUAUGGAAGUUCGAGGUAGCCACAUGACUGCGUCAACACUUACCUUCCUCCUUUCAGUAGAAUUGACCGGUUUGUGGAGCGCUGCUGUUAUUUGGACUUUUCUGCCAUUAUGAAUCACGGGAAACAAUGGUUUCUUCUACUUCUCCCCUUGUGUUGGUGCUUUGACACUGAAGAGACUGUAGUGAAAACUCUUGGGGGGGCACCGGAUGUCACUGCUGUGUGCUCCAAUGCUACACUGCAAACCAUCGUCCUGAUAGUAUGUAAGAUCAAAACCAAGAGCAGAGGGGAGAGCUGCAGUGUCUUGUAUCAACAUGGACAUGACUUCGAACACGGCUGUGACUCCCGGUUCACGCUUACGACAAAUAAUCAGACCGUGUUUCUCCGCCUGAGAGAUUUAACGCCGCAGGACAGUGGAGUUUACACCUGCGAGUGUUCCCAUGCUCGUGGAACAGAUACCAUGCAUAUCGAUAUCACUGUGGAAGAUGAAGAGGCCAGCGCGUCUUUCAUGACAAGACUCAUUUUUAUCACCACUUUUACAGCACUUAUCAUUGUGACUGGAGUUGUUCUUGGACUUAUCCUGUGGAAAAGUCAUUGCCGAAGUCAUGCAAGGUCGAGUCCAAAUGGAUUAUCUAAUGAAGACAACCCAGACGACCAAUACACAAGCCUCAGGCAACCACAAGGUGAUCUGUACCAUAUCCUCGAGUGCCAUCAACACAAAGCACAUGACAAGAUGCCACAUUCAGCCUACAGCCACAAAGCCACUGCCAAUUUGGAGCAAGAACUAAGCAGAAAAGCUGAAACAGAGACUGACCAUAUGUGUGAAAUCUAUGAAAACAUUUAACCCAAGUGUCAAGACAUGUGUCCAGUUGUUGUGAGAGUGUUAAAAAUAACUUUGUUGCUGAUGCUGGUUGCAGACUGAGAUUGUUUACAAGAGAAGGAAAGACACUCAAACUGAGCAGACAGGGUGUUAACUAAAAUGUCCGUGUGUGUUUCAUAAAUAGUUGUGGUUUAUCUGAAUGGUGAGAUAUAAAUACAUAAUAUAAAGAAAGUGUUAAAACUCUUAUCAUUAUUAGUAAUGUGCACUUACGAUGACACUACGCAGAAACAAGACUUAAGAUCCAGUUACUGUUAUUCACAGCCAUCGGCUAUAAAGUGAUAAUUAGCUUACUAAUUGCUUAAAGAUGUAACACACAAUUGUAAAAUUUAUAUUAAACAAAUGAAACUGUGCAAAAUGAACAUCUUUUUGUUUUAUUUGUGACUGUGUUAGUGUGUGGAAACAUGAUUAUCUUAACCAAGCCAAGAAUGUCAAAGAUUUCUACAUUUUGACACAGAACUGAAUUUAUUGUAAUUACCUUCCCUUGCUUUUUUCUUA